AUGGAGUCCAGUCCAAACCGGGGAGCUAAAGCAUCCGGAUCGACCAGUCGGCCAACCAGCAAAGAUGGAUCUAAAAAGAAUAUCUGGUCCUCUUUGCUAGAUGGCGUCGCCAAUGGAAAGCGGUUACCGGAAAAGAAUCUCUUAAUCCUAGGAGGCACGCCGGAGAGCCAAAGAGAGUUCCUGGAGACAUUCUCAGCAGAGACGUCGGCUGGUGCUGGCUUAAUCAACGACAAGAGACAAAGACGGACACCCCCAAUUGCCAAUCAGUUUGCCCUCGGAUACACAUAUCGCGAUGUGCUCGACGCUGACCACGAAGAUACACUGGCUCGUGUAUCAGCGUACCUUCUGUCUGAACCUUCUCCCUCAUUCACUCCACUUCUCAAGCCGCUUUUGACCCCCCAAUCCGUGCCGGAAACGCUUGUGGUGAUUCUUCUAGAUUGGUCAGACCCUUGGACGUGGAUUCGGCGACUUCGGGAAUGGGUGCGCCUACUUCGCUCCGUGCUCGUAUCGCUUGACGACCAGACCAAGAUUGUCAUGGAGGAGACGAUGACAGAGUGGCGGGACCGCAAGCGAGGCAUGGAUGCGCAUUCGACGGGCGCAGGGGGGGCAUCAAGUUCCGGGGGAACUGUCGCGAUUCCCUUGGGCCCCGGGGAAUGGGACGAGGGCUUGGGAAUUCCGAUGUGUGUCGUGUGUCAAGGCGCGGACAAGAUCGAAAAACUCGAGAAAGAUCACGGCUGGCACGAAGAGCAAUUCGAUUUUGUCUUGCAAUUUCUGCGGACGAUCCUCUUAAAGCAUGGCGCUUCCCUCAUCUACACUACUCCUUUCCACGCCAAUUCGUUACAGAGUUUGAUCCACUCUUCCCUUGAAAUUCACUCGCUCUUGAAGCGACAAUCAUUGAAACACAAUGUCAUCGACCGCGACAAGAUCCUGGUUCCGGCCAAUUGGGAUUCCUGGGGCAAGAUUCGGAUUAUUCGUGAAGGUUUUGACAUGGAAGGCAUCUCAACUGCCUGGUCCAUUGAGAUCCAAGAUGCGCCAGAGCCACUUGAAAAUUCUCAGAAUACAGGCCAGGAAAGCGAGAGUGCUGAAGAUGGUACUAGCGCAGUAGCCAUUUUUGAACAGACCAUUCAGGAUCCCAAGCGAGACACAAGCAUUGCCAUGCCGAAUAUUGCCGUUGGAAAUAAACUCGAGGUUGAGACUUCCGACAUGCAAGUCUUCCUUGCUAAGCAAGUCGAGAUUCUUGAGCAGCUUCGAGCCGAAGACGACAAGGAACGAUCAAAUAAACCUGCUCCACAGCUAGACAUGUCUCCAAUGGAGGACGAGGGCAGAGUCAAUGAGCACAUUGGGCCGGUGCAGUUCAACAUGGGUGGUAUUCAAGUUGACGCGGAGGACAUGCUCAAGAAGCUCAAGGACCGAGAAGCCAGCCGCGCGCAAAAGAAAGACGCGGCUCCCACCAAUGCAGGCGAUGAAAAAGCGCAUAAUCAAGCAUUGGCGAAUUUCUUCGCCGGUUUGGUCAAGAAGCCAGGCGCCAGUCCUCGCGGAAGUCCAUCGGCUUGA